CUUUCGCAGCCUCCUCUUUUUUAACCGUUCUUCUAUUUUUGAUGUCAAUCACCGUUAAAUCAUUAUUUGUUUCGAACAAGUGUCCAUACUGCAGUAAACCUUCGCUGAGCUCGGGAAGAAACUUACGCGAGCAUCUGCGUAAAUAUCACACCAUUACUGCUAUAGAUGAGAAUCAGCGGCGGAAAGACGGAGGUGGCGUCCAUUUUUCGAAAAAGAGAACAGCAAGCACCGAAGAUGUGUUCGGCUGUUGCUUUUGCAGCAAAUAUUUCAAUCAAAUUGACACUUUACGCAUGCACAUCGAGCAGCAUAUUGCGGAUUCCUCGAGACGAGCAAACCUCCGAAACGGCAGAUAUGAAGUCAUUGAUGUGCAACACGAUGAAGCAGCGAUCGAACGAAAUGCAAUGUGGAUCAUCGACGAUCUGAAUAUCACGGACAACUUAUCCCUGCUGCGCAAGGAAAUCAAACGCCGCAAUGAGGAACUGGAACAGCUCACCGAUGUGGAAUUACUUGUUCUCGAUCAUAUCUAUUUCUUUGCCAGUGAAUAUAAAGACAGUGUACCAGGUUUCGAGUUGAAUGCACACCGCCGAAUAAUCCAGGAUAUUCCCCUCAUGAACCAAGAGAAAAUGAAAAUGGAAUCGUUGGUGCGCUGGUGCUCCAAAAUUGCCGAGGUGCAGCUUCCAUCCUGGCUGUCGAUGAAAAGAAUUACCUUGUCAUUUCUAAACGAAGCCAAUCAAAGUGAAGAGCAUAACCAAGUUAUCGCAGCUGAGAUUAUUCAUAGACUGGCUCCACGAUUGUUGCAACCGGAGAGCGUACAUAUGCUGGAGGAUACAUUUGUGCACCGCUACUUGGAUGUCAUUUUGGAAACAAUCUUUGGUUGGGAGCCCCGAUUCAGAUGUGCCUGGGUAAAUGGGAUAUCAUUUCCAAGCAAGGUGCAGUACAGAGAAGAACACAAUCUUGAUCCUUGCAACGAGGAUGGUGAAGAACAAGAACAAGAGUCCGUCACGAAGUUGAAAGCGAGUUGGAUUCUUUAUGCCAACUCGGGGUCCGCAUUGUAUGCGGUCGGGAUCAUGGAGUUGAAAGUGGAUUACAAGCGAAGUUCCAACCACAUGACUAAUUUCGUGAAGCUGGCAAAGGAAAUGAAGCGCAUUUUACUUGAACUGAUCUAUCUCGGUGUACAAGCACCCUUAGUGUGCGGCAUUUUGAUAGAAGGUGAUCGCUACGAAACCUUUGCGAUGGACCUGGCAUACAAAGACAUCUAUCGGAUGAUGCGGUUGGCCAAGGCUACUUUGUGCACAUCAUUGCGGGAGUUUGGUCUGUUCCCUGUCGUCUUCAAUGACAUGAUGCAAUUUAAGGCAGCGUAUACAGAGAAAGGUUAACUUUUGUAUUUUAACUCAUUGGAUGCACGUUUUACACAGGAAAUUGCUUUGAGUACAGCAACAUCGGUGGAGAGAUGCUGUUUCACCCGGCAGCUAGACUAGGCAACUACAGGACGUACACCAAUUUCGUACUUAAAUCCACCUUCAGGGUUUCCACAACGUGUGGACUGAUAUGAUAAUUGUUCUUUUGCAAUUAGAGGCGCACAAAGACAUGGAGUCUAAUAGAUAAAAAAGGUGUCAUCGUUGGUCAUUCAAUCUCCGCCCUAUUGCAGUGAGAGUGUCCACGAUAUUCGUAUAAAAAUUUUUACCGCUCCAACGUCGAUUUCCUUUUUGUGUUUCUGACCCUGGGAAAAUACUAUGUUACAUCCAACCACUCACCUUCACCACAAAAACAAGAAAUAAAGUAAAAGCAACCAGGGAAAUGGAGUGGUAUAAAGUAUGGAGUAAAAGAGAAAACGCAGCCAUGGUUGCCAUAUACGCAAAAAGGAAGAUUUUUG